CUCUGCCCCACAGCGCCCCCUGACGACAGUCUCAAUAAUCCAUCCUGCUCGGCUCGGCUCGGACUGCAGAGAGAACAAUGGGAGUGGACGUGGAAACCCUCAGACCAGGAGACGGAAAGACUUUUCCGCAGAAAGGACGUACGGUUACCGUGCAUUAUGUUGGUACGCUGAUGAACGGGAAGAAGUUCGACUCCUCCAGGGAUCGAGGAGAGCCGUUCCAGUUCAAACUGGGAGCUGGGGAAGUCAUCCGCGCUUGGGAUGAUGGUGUGGCUCAGAUGAGCGUGGGUCAGCUGGCCAAGCUGACCUGCUCGCCGGACUUCGCCUACGGCAGCAGAGGGUACCCGCCCAUCAUCCCUCCAAACUCCACCCUCAUCUUCGAGGUGGAGCUCCUGAAAUGCUGAGUGUUUCAACUGCAACUUACUCCUGAGUUUUCCAUUCCACCCACAUCUUCCUCACCAACCGUUGUCUCUAAAAGUGCCACAGGAAUCAUUUCUGAGCGUCUUUCUAGAAUUAGGAGUUCAAUUAGGAAGCGUCCUCACAUUUAUAGAUCAUGAGAAUUAUCACAGAUUUUAAAUAAAUGUAAGUAAAACUUUCCAGUGUUUUGGGUUGAAACGUUUCUAAUGUCAUUUUUCUGCCACUUCUCGUAAAGUCUUAAGAUGACGUCCGCUGUGGCUCCUCUGAUCUGUUUUCCUUCCUUCUUCUCUUUGGGAACAAAAUCAGCACAAAUGAUUCUAGCGGGUCAGCAGCAGAACCGGGUCCUCACAGGUGUCUCCAGUGUCGUGGUGCUUUAGUGAACCAUGAGUUUUUCCUGCAGUUCAGUGUUUUGUUCUCUGCCACAACCAAAGUGUUUCGUAUGAAACGGCGGCGCUCCGACCUCGUCCUCCUGUUUCCUUUGUGUUCCGUUCUCAUGUAAAGGUCCAGACGGCCCUGCUCUCGGACCCGUCCGGUCCUGAAGUGUCCUUGUCUUUUGUGACGUCUUCACUUCCUCACUGCAUCAUUCAGAUCUUUGUGGGUAUUGCAGUCUUACAAUAAACCAGGAUACAAAUGAA